CCGGGAGUCGGAUUUGGCGCCUCCCCCGCGGCGGCGGGAGCCUGGAGGUGGGGUCGGGAGCCAGAGCCCGGGGCUCUGAUGUCACUGCGCGGCCGCAGUCCAGGAGCUCGUCUCGGGUUGGAGCUCAGGACCGCGUGGUCCCCUGCGCGCGUUUUGAGCCCUCCUUCCCCGACGGUGAACCCAACAGGAAAGGCCGAGAAAUGCGCCGUCCGGGGGCCAUCCACUCUGCCAGUGUUCGCGAGGCGUCGCUCUCCUGCUGCACCUCGUGACUUUGUCGCCCCCUGUGGCCACCAGGCCUGUGCUUCUUGCCUCUCUGACCUCAACUCAGCUUGAAGCCCCAGUCACUGGAAGCAGUCUUCAUCGGUUUCCCCAAGAACCUCUAACUAAAAGCCUGGGUCUGUCUGCUUGCCUGGUCCAACCUCUCUGCUGAGGUCCAGACUCACAUCUCAACCUACUCAACUGCUCACCAGACUUGCCACAAACACUGCAAAGUCCACAGGCCCCAGACCUGGCCUGGAAUCCUUGGCCAGUUCGCAUCCCAGCUUCCUCAUUCCUGACACCGGCACCUCCACCUCCUCAGUUCCUAGCUCUGAACAUUGAAGUCAUCAUUGUCUCCUUUUCGUCUCUUGCUCUUUGAUUCAGGUGAUAUUUAUUGCAAACGAUGCCAAUACCAUAUGACCCUACCUAAUCUAGCAGUUUUCCAGGAUAACAUGCUGCUCCCCCUGGGCUGAUGGGGCUUGAGAAAGCUUUAGUUCUGACUUAUAUUCAAUGCAGGCAUUGGCUCUGCAGCCCAGCCCACAGCUGACAUUAGUGCUGACGCUAGGGCUCCUGGGGUGUGGCCACUCCCAGCCACAGAGGCUGGUUGGACUGCAAGAGGCUCUCUGCAGCCAGACAAAAACUCUCUGCUCUUUGGGCUGAGGCCCCAAAACACACUAAAGGAGCUGGACUUUCCUACCCUAUCUUGCAUGGGUAUUGGGUGCUCAGGUUACCACUGAAAAAGCAUUCUCAACACAAAAUCAAUAAGAAAAUAUACAGACAUUUUUAUUACCCAUUUGAGCUGUUUUUAUUGGGCGAACUCAGAACCCUUUGUCAUUCAGUAACUCACAAAUAAGAAUUUUCAAGGCCUUUUUUAAGGAAACAUCUUUGUAUUUGAACAGUUACCCAUGCCUAAAAAUGCAGUGAAAGUCAACAUGGGUAGGCCUCGGUGGCAUAAGCCAGGAUAAACAGUGCUCCCAAGUUGGGCUCAGAAGUAUAGCAGGAGAGGGGGCCAGCGUCUGGGUGGCUGGAGGGGUUCCCUAGAGGAGGUGAGUCUUCCAAGGGGCUGCUACUCAGAGUAGCUUUUCUUUCUGAAAUACAGAGAGUAUAAACUACUUUGCAAAAGUGGUCCCCAAGCCUAAGUGUGAGGACCAGCCUUCAGGGCUGGCUUUAGUAGGCACAGUGAUGUCAAGAUGUUCUGGUACCAGAUCAGCUGACAGCCCCUCCUGGGAAUGGUGGAAGUACUGCUUCUCCCUUUAAGGAAACACUAUGUCCUCCCACCAUUAACCUCUCUACCUGCCCUAGCCAGCAAUCUGUAGAAUCUGGGGUCUCAGGGAAUGUGGUAGAGGGUGAUCCUGAGCUCCAAAAUGUGUCUAGGAGGCUCACCAAAGUCUGUUUUUUCAGUUUCCACCCAGCUAUGGGCCACCCUCCUCUGCAGUCCCAACCAAGAAGCUCAGGGAAGGCAAACCUGCUUUCUCCCCACCAUCCACCUCCACACACAAAAGUCCCUAUAGCCCGCACUGAACCCUGAGUUCCCAAGACUCAAAGCUACUUUCACCCCUGAUCCAGGUACACUGCCCCAGCUCCUCCCCUUGUUCCCCUCCUGGCACUGGGAAGGUAUUGAUUUCUGGCCAUUCCUGUUCCAAGCUAUGCUUGCCUGCUCUUUUGGUUCUUAAUAACCUGAGUAACCUGGUCAGUGUCCAUGAGUGGCAACUGUCUCACCCAUUCUGUCCCCUUCUUCAAAAAGACUAAUAGGGAGAGAAGAGUAGGUGGAAGCAAAGAAGCCCUCAACCUUCUCCACCAAAGCCACCCCACCUACCCCACCCCUCAUCUAGUUCCUGCAAUUCUACUCCUUUCCUUGUCAUUCAACAAAUAUUUCACAUCAACUACAUGCCAGACAUUGAGGGCACAGAGAUGAGUCAGUGCAGGGCCUGUCCUCAGGAAGUUCAUGGGUGGGAAUGGGGAGAGGGAAUCACAGGCAAACCAACAAUCACCAUGCAGGGUGUUGAGUGCUGUGAUGGGGAAGCUAGGACACUAGAGGGAUCCCAAAGGGCCAGGAAACCUCUAAGCUGAGCCCUAUAGGAGGAGCAAGAGUGGCACAAAAUGGGGUAAGCCUGUCACUCCUAGACAAAAGGCAGUCUCCCAAGCAGGGAACAUAUUAUCCUGGGAUCUGACAGUAAUUUGAAGUGGGGGGGGGAGGUGCGGAUUGUUUCCCACAGAGGAGUCUGAGCUUUGUUGGGGGGGAUUGGGGUAAACUGGCUUUCAGCAGAGUUUGCUUCUAGGAAAUUGAUUCUGGCUUCAGUAAGCUUGGAGGCAAGCCCAGAUUCCAGGCAGGGCUCUGCCUCUUACUAGCUAUGUGCCUCUGGGCAAAUCAUUCCCUGGUUCAGAACCUCACUGUCCUCAUCUGUAAAACGCAGGCAACAGUUGUGAGGUUCAAGAUAAAUAUUUAUUCAGAGCACCUGGAACAUAACUGGCCCAGAGGAAGGCUGUGAAGCUGCCCCUGCCACCUGACCUGGGUCUUUCCUCCCCUCCUUUCUUGGCUCCCCUCUGAUCUCAGAUCGUUGUUGAUGUUGUUUAUGAGGAAAAGAUCACCCAGAGGAGUUAACAAAGCAGCCAGGAAGCAGCCUGGGUGGGACAGGGUUGGAGAGGGAAGGAGCAUGGGUAUGUUCUCAGCGCUCCAGGAGGUGCCAGGGUAGAGGCUGGGCCAGAAGAGCCCCAGUAGGGAAUGGCCUAGGUGCCACUUCCUUCCUCUGAGCUAAGGCUCUCAACCUCCAGAGGUGCUCCCCUGGUCCUCCUGCCUUUGCCAUCCCAGACGAGGGAGGUGCAGGAUGUUAGGGCCAUGGGUCCCGUGGCCAGGGAGGCAAUGUGUAAGCAUGUCGGUGUUGGAGAGGCCAGCAGGCUAUCCUAACCCAUACCCGGAGCGCCUCACCUCCCACGCCGCCUAUGCUUUUCCAGGCCUUACAGAGCUGGCCAGCCUCCGCCCUCCUCCGAGCAGCCAUGGAGGCCCUGGGUCCCGGAGGUGGCCGCACCUCCCCGGCCUCGUCCACUCGCAGCCUGGACUUGCGGCGGUUGUCCGCGCCCACCGACUCGGCCUACAGCUCUCUCUCCGCCGCCUCAAGCGGUCCUGAGCCUCCUGAGCCGCGCACGCCGUCGCCUUCGGCGGGGACCCAGCAACUUCCCUACCUGGACUGGGACUACGUGCGCGUGGUGUGGGGCGGCCCGGCCCCCGCCGCCAGGCUUCGCACUUCCCCGCAGCCCCGGCGCGCGGCCGCCGCACGCAGUGGACCUCGUGCCCCUGAAAAGGGAACCCCGGGACCGCUCAGCCGCCAGACCACCCCGCUGCUGUACGCGCUGGCGGCCGAGGCUGAGGCCGCGGCGCGGGCUGCCGAGCCGCCCAGCCCGCCCGCCUCGCGGGCCGCCUACCGCCAGCGGCUACAGGGCGCGCAGCGGCGAGUGCUCCGGGAGACGUCCUUCCAGCGAAAGGAGCUCCGCAUGAGCCUACCCUCCCGCCUGCGGCCGGCGGCCCCCGCGCGGCCCUCUGCCCAGCACCCGCGCUCCGCCUCGCUCAGCCACCCCGGCGGGGAAGUAGAGCCGACGCGCUCAGGGGCUCCCACCCAGCAACGGAAGUGGUGCUUCUCAGAGCCAGGGAAACUGGAUCGCCUGGGUAGGGGCGCUGGGUUGGCAAGGCAAUGCUCCGGAGAGGCCUGCUCCAGCUCUGGCUUCAUCGGGCCGGAGCCUCGGGAAUGGCAGCAGAGGACGCUGGCUGAGUUUGAAGGUCAGCAGAUCAGAUGGCUGCCUGCGACCCAGCCCCCAAACGUAGAGGACCCAAAAUCCCGGUCCUUGAAGCUUGGCAAUGCCUACAGGCCUGCCGCCAGUCGGAGUCGGAGCGCUUCCGGGGAAGUCGUGGCCCCCUGGGGAAGUCCAGAAGGUAUCAUGCCCAUUGCCCAGGCUGUUCCCCAAGGAGCAGAAACCCCUAGACCACCGUUGCAGACCAAACUUAACAGGUUCCUGAAUCAGAAGGAAGCUGCAGAAGUGUGUCCUGCAGAGGGACCCCAGAGCAGUCCCUCUGACUGUGAGCAGAGGGGCUCAGAGAACUGCAUUGGGUCUGUUCGGCUCCCAUCCCUUCCUGAUGAUGAAGUUUUCCUGGAAGAAGCCCCCCUGGUCAGAGCAAGAUCACCUGCAGACUCCCAGACUCCCCUGGGGCUCCCAACCUGUGUCCAUGUCUCUGACCAGGAGUACGGAGCUGGCUUGAGUCAAAGGACUGACCAAGCUAUAAUCCCCCCAGAGAAGCCCCUCCAUGAGGACCCAGAAACUGCAGGGAUGGAUGAGUGUUGGCAGGGGUUAAACAGUUCUGUGAAUGUUUCCAGGCCUACAUGCUGUAGCCCCCCUGAGACUGCAAAUGGUGACAUCCUUACAUUUGACCCCACUGAACUGCUGACCACUGUUCCCCCCACAGCUGCAGAGACUGCAGAGACUGACCUGAAACCUUUCCCAGGUGAUACCCUGGGACCUCCAGACAGUGAUACCCCAGGGCUCCCUGACCGUAGUGCCCUGGCUUGGGGCCCUGGGGAGCCUGGUCCCCGGUCAACAUGGGCCAGUCCACGCCUCGAGGAGCUGGUUCAGGAGCUGGCCAGAUUGGAUCCCUCUCAGAGUGACACCUUCACCUCCUAUCCCAGCCCAGAGCCAUCCCUGGGCCUGCUAGAUGGACUGAUUCCUUUAGCUGAGGUCUGGGCUGCAAUGAGACCAGCCUGUAGGGAGGCUGGAGAGGAGGCUGCUGGUAAUUCUGAGCCAGGGUCCUAUCUACUUAACUCCACCCAGCACCUGCCAACUUCUCAGGAGGAGACAAGGCCUGAAAACCUUACCACCCACGUUGCACCUGACCAACCAUGUGACCAGGGUGCACCAAAGCCAAAUAACAGCAUCCAAGCCAAGAAAGCAGAGCUGGCGGACCUCCUCCAAAAGAUGCUCAGGGACCUUCAGGCCGAGCAGAAGCAGCUGCAGGGAGCGGCCCAAGCUUGGGCCAGGCGCGGAGCUGCUCUGGAGGCCGCUGUCGGCCAGGCCUGUGCACCCCAUGAGCUGGAGCGGUUCAGCCGGUUCAUGGCCGACCUAGAGCGUGUGCUUGGCCUCCUGCUGUUGCUGGGCAGUCGCCUGGCCCGCGUGCACCGUGCCCUGGCCCGGGUGGGUGCAGACAGCGACCCUGAAGAGCAGGCCUCUCUGCUGCAGCGACUGGGGCUCCUGCAGCGGCAGGAGAAAGAUGCUAAGGAGCUGAAGCAGCACGUGGCGCGGCGGGAGCGGGCCCUACGCGAGCAGCUGGCGCGCGCACUGCCCGCAGAGGAGCUGAGCGCCUACCGCACCCUGUUGGCCGGCAAGGCCGCAGUCCUGGCCCAGCAGCGCAGCUUGGACGAGCGGGUCCGCCUUAUUCAGGACCAACUGGACGCAGUCAGGAACGACCUUGGCCGUCAUCCCUCGUCUCCCAGACCAGCCUUCCCCUCAGGGACCCAUCCUCCCGAUAAACUGCCCUUCCCCCCACCCCUCAUCUAGUUACAGGCGGUGAGGGUGGGGAGCAUUGCCCUUGCCUCUCACCCGCAUGAUUCCGGAUGACGCUGGUUUAUUCGGUGCUUUUCCCUUGGGGUGGGGAAGACCCAGGCCCGGCUUUGCCGGGGUACUUCUUCCAAGUGUUCUCACGUGGUCUUUCCCAAAUCUUGUGGAUUAUCUGGUAGUUAACAGAAAUUUUAAAUCUUCAGAAUUCUCUCCUGUGAUGAGAAAGAGUUCUGGUAAGGGUUGGUUGGAGGGAGAUGAGACAAGUCAGAGAAGCACCUCAACUUAAGAUUCAAAAUGGCAAUUUCUUUUCCCUCUCAAUAAAAAAAUUGAUGAGAAGUAA